CAGGCGAUGGCGGUCGACGGCGGCGCGGCAUGGAGCGUGGCGGCGGCGCUGGCGGUGCUGCUGGCGCUGCGGCUGACGGCGGCGCUGCUGCCGCUGUGGGCCGUGGCGCGCAUGCGCCGCUGCGCCGGACACCGCCGCCUGCUGCUGCUGGCGUCGCGCUUCGCGGGCGGCGUGCUGCUCGCCACGGCGCUGCUGCACAUGCUGCCAGAGGCGCGCGACCAGCUGCCAGAGCACGCCUGGGGAGGGUGCUUGGCGGAGCUGCUGCUGGGCGCGGGCCUGCUGGCGAUGUACGUGCUGGAGGAGGUGUGGCACAGCCGCCCCCAGCCGCCUCCGGCCGAGCUACCACCGCCGCCACCGCUACAGCUGCCGGCGCUGACCGCCGCGCAGCAGAAGGCGGCCGCCCCCGCGCUCGCCGCCGCCCCCGCCUGCCCCUGGCCGCCAGCCAGCCGCAUCGCCCCCGCAGACUCCACGCAGCACCUGCUGGCCGCGAACGGCCCCGACGGCGGCGGCGGCGGCGACGCGGGCUGCACGUGGGCUCUGAUCCUGGCGCUGGGCGUGCACUCGCUGCUGGAGGGCGUGGCGCUGGGCCUGCAGGCGACGGCGCGCGACGCCUGGCUGCUGCUGGCCGCGCUGUCCGUGCACGCCGUGCCGCUGCUGCUCUGCGUCGGCGCCAAGGUGGCUGCGUCUCCCGUGCGGCGCUGCUCGGCCGUGGCGCGGCUGUCGCUGCUGGCGGCGGCGGCGCCGGUGGGCGGCGUGCUGGGGGCGGCGGCCGGCGGGGCGGCGCUGGGCGGCGCGGGCGGCGCGCUGCAGGCGCUCGCCGCCGGCUCGCUCCUGUUCGCCGCCCUCGCCGAGGGCCUCUCCGCGGCCGCCGGCCACACACACCACCAGCGCGAGCCGCGCUCGCUGCCUGGCGCCGCCCUCGCGCUGCUCGGCUUCGCGCUCAUCGCCGCCAUGCAGCUCACCGUGGUCCAUCACCACCAUCAUCACGACGGAGACGAGGACGUGGGCAACAUGACGUCACAGAGCAACAGCAGCGAGAUGGAGCGACACGCCCACCUGUGAGGCCAGCGGUUCUCGUCGUUGGACACCCAAAAAGAGCCAACGUAUAUGAAUCGUUUGAAGUGCGCUCUGUCACAGUGUGCCCAACAUACUU